CUCCGGUCGGCGGCGGUGAGUAUGGUGUGCCCCCUACCUGCUGUGCUGGACCUCCAUCAGACUCCGAUGCUGUCAAACGGCGUCAAGACGGUGGAGACAAUAUCGGGGCUAGCCAUGCAGCUGCAUCAUUGAUCCUACUACUCGGUUACUGAUUGGCGACCCGGUCUUUAGUUUUAAGAACUGAUGCCGCGGCCCUAUGUUCCGGCGCUUGACACCUUGGAUUCUACUUUGAUCGUCAAAUGACCUCCUCCACAGCAUGUCUGCGCGCUCUUUCCCGCCAAGCACGAGCUAGUCCAAGGUUAUUAAUAAAAAAGCCAUUCCAGGCUGCCACCUAUUCGCUAUUGGCGCGUCAACAGCCGGCCCAAAGCUCUUUUGUGACGAACAUUAAGCGCGUUCGUGUCACCAGAGGGUUGAAGACGCUCGAUUUCGCUGGUUCAAAAGAAGUUGUGUACGAGCGCAGUGAUUGGCCUCUGGCAAAACUUCAAAACUACUUCAAAAAUGACACGCUCGCCCUCAUUGGCUAUGGCUCGCAAGGACAUGGUCAGGGCUUGAAUGCUCGUGACAACGGCUUGAAUGUGGUCAUUGGCGUCCGCGAGAAUGGAGAAAGCUGGAAACAGGCAGUGGAGGAUGGAUGGGUACCUGGAGAAUCACUCUUUUCCAUCGAGGAAGCCAUUGACAAGGGUACAAUCGUCAUGAACUUACUCUCAGAUGCAGCACAGUCAUCAACAUGGUCUCAUAUCUCUCCUCUGAUAACGAAGGGCAAGACACUCUACUUCUCGCAUGGGUUUUCAGUGGUAUACAAAGAUGAUACCAAGGUGAUUCCUCCGAAGGAUGUCGACGUUAUUCUAGUAGCACCAAAAGGAUCUGGUCGCACUGUCCGAACCCUGUUCAAAGAAGGCAGAGGCAUCAACUCCAGUGUCGCCGUUUUUCAAGACGUAACUGGCAAAGCAAUGGAGAAAGCCGUGGCUAUUGGGGUCGCUAUCGGCUCUGGCUACAUGUACGAAACAACCUUCGAGAAGGAGGUGUUCUCAGAUUUGACUGGUGAACGUGGUGUGCUCGCAGCCGCUAUCCAGGGAUUAUUCUGCGCACAAUACAAGGUGCUUCGUGCAAACGGCCAUUCGCCUUCAGAGGCAUUCAAUGAAACCGUCGAAGAAGCCACUCAAUCUCUGUAUCCUUUGAUCGGAGAAAAGGGCAUGGAUUACAUGUUCAACGCUUGUUCCACCACCGCUCGACGAGGGGCCCUUGACUGGGCGCCGAUCUUCGAGGCAACAAAUCGCCCGGUGUUUGAGAAGCUUUAUGAAAGCGUAAAGAAUGGCACGGAGACGCGCAAGGCACUCGAAUUUAACGGGCGCGCCACUUAUCGCGAAGACUUGGCCAAGGAGUUGAAAGAGAUUGACGAGCAGGAGAUCUGGAGAGUCGGAAAGGUCGUCCGUUCGUUGCGCCCUGACUACAAACCAGGGCAUUGAUCUUGAUUGUUCGGUAUGCUGUACUGAUGCUUAGCGUCGGACAAUUCCCGGUCGUGUCUGAAGAUCUGAUAGUCGAUCCAAUAUUAAUAUGAUAGGAGUGAAUGACCCACAUGCCAACCGGCGUUCCAAAUGUUGUUACUUCUUACCUAAUGUUCGGUGCUUAGAUGUGCGAGCCGCAUGGUG